AUGGGCAAGGAUCAUCCUGACGCAGACCUUCACCCCGAAGCAACGGGACUUGCAUCAGCCACAGUCAAAGCUCACGCUGCAGAAUGUCCGUUGAAAUUAUAUUCAGGGUGGUUUUGCCCUUUCGUGCAGCGCGUCUGGAUUGCACUAGAGGAGAAGGGCAUACAGUACCAGUACAUUGAAGUCAAUCCAUACCAUAAGCCAAAGUCGCUACUGGAUCUCACCCCGCGCGGCUUAUUCCCCACGCUACAGUACCAAGACAAGCCACUCUAUGAGAGUACGGUCUUGUGUGAAUUCCUCGAGGAAGCUUACCCUCAAGACACACCGCACCUCAUGCCUACAGAUGCGUAUGAGAGGGCUAGAACGAGGAUCUGGACGGACUAUGUAGGUAGUCGCAUCAUACCUGCCUACCACCGCUUCCUACAACAUCAAGGCGAUGGCUUGGAAGAGAAGCAAAAGGAUUUCCUUAAUCACCUGAAAGAGUUCACGCGCGAGAUGGAUGCCGAGGGCCCAUUCUUCUCGGGCAAGGACUUUCAGCUCAUCGAUAUAGUCAUUGCACCUUGGGCCAAUCGACUAUGGGUAUUUGAUCACUUCAAGGGUGGCUCAGGCAUUCCCGAUGAGGGCAAAGGUGGAGAGGACGAGAAGGUGUGGAAGAGAUUCAGGAAGUGGCUGUCUGCUGUUGAGAACAGGAGGAGUGUCAAGGAGACGCUGAGCGAGAGGCAGCAUUACUUGCCGAUCUACCAGCGAUAUGCGGAGGACCGCGCACAGUCUGAGGCGGCAAAGGCUAUCAGAGCUGGCCGGGGAAUUCCGUAG